AUGGCUGUAAACCCGGAAUCGAGUUCCAGAGAUCUUCAGGUUAUGAGUCGCCCAAAUGAGGGUGGAGGUCAGCCUGUGCUUGAGGGUGAAGCUUCGGGCCCUAAUUAUGGGGCAGUGAACGGAGUGGUUCCCGGACAUGGAGCACGAAGGACAGGUGCAACGUCUGCGUUGCCGCUUGGAAGAGCAGUGUCUGUGACAGAUGUUCGGAGGUCUGAUUCUAGUGGUCAGGCUGAUGUGCAAGGGACUAUACCUGCUGUAAGUGAUGAGCCCUCUACGUCUACGACCCUACCAACCGGACUGGGCGCGACGCACGGCACGCAUGCACAACCUACGACUCAGCAGCCUACAGCUCCACUUGCACAGCCGCCGCAGCCAGCAACAGCCCCAGCGCAAUCACAGUCUGCAGCACCAGAGCCACCGCAGCUAACAGCUACGACUUUGGAACCACAGCGUAUUGCACCACCUCCACCACCGCCGCAGCCGCUGCCGCAACGUCCGCUACAACAUGCAGUGCAUCAGUUGCAAAGGACAGCAGUUGUGCAGGCCGUUCAGGCCAGAGCGCAGCGUGCAUUGCAUAGCGUUCGAGGAGAGGAUGUGUUUUCUUCUGCAGAGAGUUUGGUUGGUUCACCGCAGUCCGUCCUGCCUCGUGAAGAUGAAGGACGGAGUCAGAAUGGCUGGUCGGUGACACGCAUCAGUGAGGUGCUUCAUCGGCGUUUCGUUGCUCCUGUACUGGAGCACGUUGGCGGUUCUGAUAGACCUGUGGGGCCUUCACCUACCUGGCACUCUCCCUCGAACCAAGGCUUUGAGGAGCAACCCCUGAUGACUGCGGAGACUCAGCAAGCUAUGGCAGAAUGGACGGCGAGGCCUACCUCUUUGACGCUUCCUGUUGGUGAACGAGUUCAUCGAGAUGAUAGCUCAGCUGGCAGUGUGAACAGGGAGGCUGUGAUGGAAGAGGUGAAGAGGCAAGUUCAACUUGCCAUGCAAAGUCGGGACCAGGAGGUGCGGACCCUCAAGGACCAGAAUGAAGAGCUGAAGCGUGCCUUGGAUGCCUCAGCUCAGUUGUUGAACGAAGUGAUGAUUGCGGGUGGAGAGGAGGCGUACCUGCGGGUGAAGGCGAAGGUGCAAGAAGGACGGGGUGAACCGGCCUACUUUGAGAAUGCUGGAGGGGUGACUGGUCAGACGGCCCCUAUUGGAGGCAAUCAGGGCAACUUGGGAUUCGACGUGAAUCGGAGCUCCUAUGGACCUGGGCCUGCGAGUGGGAGCCCUCUGCCAGGGGCGAAGGAGAAGGAGGGCGAGGGGCGAUCGCCUAUUGAUCUUCUUGUUCAAGGCAUGCAACAACUUCAGCAAGUCUACAUGGACAAGAAGGCUGGCCCAGAGGCCGAAAGUUUGAAGGGGAGUUCUGUGGAUCUUCCCCAGUUGCCGGAGCUUGUCGGCGAGACGGGCGCAGAGUUCAGCGAUUGGUUGUAUGUGGCGGAGCAGAUCAUUGGAUCCAUGGCGGACUCGGCGGCUACGUGGUUUCAGCUGACUUUGAAGAGUGCAAGGGAUGCUUAUGUUCGGCAUCAGAUGGCAACGCCGAUGGAACGUCUAGCCAUUGCGCCGGUUGCUUCGGCAGGUUUGGAGGAUGGACGUUGGAACCGCUUGGAGCGCAAAGUGAUGACUAUGCUCCUGGCCGCGAUGCCCAAGUCGGUCAGAGAAGAUGCUGUGACACACAGGGUGGGCACGGUCUCGGGCGUGCUUUUCCGAUUGCACGUCCUAUAUGGACCGGGCGGCAAUGCCGAGCGGACGGCCAUCUUGAAGCAGCUUGAAGGAGCACCUGGAGGUGACAACGUUGUAGAGGUGCUGGCCAGCCUGCGCCGCUGGCGUCGCAACCUUACCAGAGCCGUGGAGAUGAAUGUUACGCUUCCUGAUGCCAGUGUUCUUUUGCGAGGUGUGGAAACUAUAUGUGGGUCUGUGAUUCGCCGCCAGCAUGAUCUCAGCUUUAGAUUGUCGCUGGCUAGGAAUGAGCUUCAGUUGCAGAACCGGCCUACUCAAGACACAGUCCUCAAAUACUACGACCACAUCGUGGCGGAGCUGCAGCAAUCGGCUCCAAGUCGUGCUCUACCGAGGGGAUCUGGAGUACCUGGGGAUGAUCCUCCCAGGCUUCGAGCUGCUGAUGCUCAAGCGGGUACAGGUGGGACCUUUGCCAAGACACCCCCUGGAUCCCCGACUAAGAAGCAAGGCUCGCCAUGCAAGUUCUUUAUGACAGACAGCGGUUGCAGGCGAGGAGGUCAAUGCAAGUACUCCCACGACUUCCCUUCGAAGGAGGAGAAAAGAGCGCGUUGCUGGUACUGUGGCAGCAAACAACACCGCCAGAGCGAUUGCCCUGUGAAGGACCCUGGGAAGCCUGGGCGGUCACCUACUGCAGGAGUGGGUUCCAAUGCGCCGGCCCCUUCGCCGGCAGUUGUUGCUGCCAUCACACCGGAGCCGAAGGCCACAGGUCCCGUUGCAGCUUCGAUGAGCUCUACGUUGACUUCAUCCACUACGUCCUCAGAGCCCUUGGUGCAAGCGGAGGUUGUGCAACCCUUCACACCGGAGGCUCUCCAGAAUCCGGAGCUUCAGAACUUUAUUUCAGAACUUUAUGAAGGAGGUGAACACAAUGCUUCAACGGUUUUCGCGACUGAACCAGUUAAGUGUUGUUGA